UUUCUCCCUCUAAAACCCAAAACGCUUCGCUUUUGAUAGAGUCUCUCUCCCUCUCUAGUCUCUACUCGCUUAUUUAUAUUACUCGAUCAAAGUAGAACGAUUACCAUACGAGGCGAGCGAUGUUUGCUUUUUAUCUUUUAAAGAGCUUCAUCUCUCUCGAUUUAUUGAGACAAAGAAAGAUAGAAUAUUGAACUCCAUAUCCCUUCAACAAAGAGAGACAAUUAUUCACCCAACACAGAGUUCUUUCAUACCCACCAUUAGUCUUUUCAUUGUUUCACAAAUCCACCAUGCAGAGGAAUCAAGACCAUAUAGGUUUCGGGAACAAGUUUUGGAGUCGAAUGGGGAUAUCAUUUUGGUGUCCAUUUGUGCAGUACGGUGAUGUGGAGACUGAGUUGGAAUCUGUUGUUGUUAAGUCUAUUAGGUUUGGAGAUGAUAAAGUGAAAACUCCGGAACGAUCAGUCAGUUUCAAAAGACAAGAUUCAAUACCCACAAUAUUGAAAUCCUUGGGUUCUGGAAAGAUGAUAAUCGAAGGAUCAGUUAGCUUUAAGGGCAGAGAAGGAGAGGCAAUGAUCUCACUUGAGUCUUUUUUGUUAGACAAAGAAGACAAUGUUCCCAUAACACCAAUCAAAACAAUGAGCAAUGAUGUAAAUAAUCAUUCCCCAAGAUCAGAUAGUCCAGUAGGAAUGUGCCAACCCUUGCUUCUGGAUCCAAGCAACCCCAAACACAAGGCUGCAAUAAGGUUACAGAAAGUGUACAAAAGUUUUCGAACCAGAAGAAAGCUAGCAGAUUGUGCUGUUCUUGUUGAGCAGACCUGGUGGAAGCUCUUAGACUUUCUUGAACUCAAGCAAAGUUCGAUAUCGUUCUUUGACAAUGAGAAACAUGAAUCUGCCAAUUCACGUUGGUCACGAGCAAGCUCAAGAGCUGCCAAGGUUGGAAAAGGUUUGUCAAAGAAUGAUAAAGCCCAAAAAAUGGCCUUGCAACACUGGCUUGAGGCGAUUGAUCCACGGCAUCGAUAUGGACACAAUCUACACUGCUACUACGACAAAUGGCUUCAGUGCCAAAGUAGAGAACCCUUCUUUUACUGGUUGGAUAUAGGAGGGGGCAAAGAAACAAAUCUUGAUAAAUGCCCUCGAGUAAGACUUCAACAGCAGUGCAUCAAGUAUCUUGGUCCAAUGGAAAGGAAAGCCUAUGAAGUCAUUGUCGAGGAUGGGAAGUUUUUAUACAAGCAAACAGGGGAGUUCCUACACACAACUGGAGAUGCAAAAUGGAUUUUUGUUCUCAGCACAUCUAAGAUCUUGUAUGCUGGCAAGAAAAAAAAGGGUACCUUCCAGCAUUCAAGCUUCUUGGCUGGAGGAGCCACUAUUGCUGCUGGGAGAUUAGUUGUUGAAAAUGGCAUCCUUAAGGCAGUUUGGCCUCACAGUGGUCAUUAUCGCCCCGCAGAAGAGAAUUUCAGGGAAUUCAUUUCAUUUCUCAAAGAGAAUAAUCUGGAUCUCACAGAUGUUCAGAUGACGUCAAUUGAUGAAGAAGAUUCAACUAGCAGACAACGAAGCAGUAACCAUCUUAGAAGCAACUCUGAAGAGGACUUGGCUAAAAAUAUGAAUGUUAUAAAAACUGAAGGGGUCAAUGUUGAAGAUUUGAAUCAAGAGGACAUUGAAUCAACGCAACAAGAGGAUGCUGCUGCACUGAAACCGUCAAAGUCAAGGCGAUUCCAAAACUUGAGUAGACGAGUGACCGAUCUUGAAAUACCAAAAAUGGAUGUAAUGCUUGAGAGAUUACAAAAUGAAAAUUCUGCUGCUGGAUCAAUUUGUGACAAUGGCGUGCUAGACUCUCCAGUGGGGGAUGGCUAUGAAACACCAGAAGAAGCAUUUUCCUCAGAUCAAGCAUACAUGCCUUCUGAACAAAACUUGUUUGAUGAAGAACACGAAGCAGAAGUAGAGACCAUCCCCGAAGAAUCAAUUCUUUGUAGACUAAACUCGAAAAAAGGAACAAAGUCUUAUCAACUAGGGAAGCAUUUGUCUUGCAAAUGGACGACUGGAGCAGGACCACGUAUAGGGUGUGUGAGGGAUUAUCCAUCAGAGCUCCAGUUACUGGCUCUGGAGCAAGUGAACUUGUCUCCACGAUGUGCUGGACAUUGCAGAACACACUUCUCUCCUCGAAACAGUAGCGGACCGAGUCCAAAGAUAUCAUCCAUCCUCAGGCAUUGUAGUGGGGCAGUGGCAGCUAUUGGAGAGUCCCCGGUGCCCGAGAUAGGGAGUUUAAAACAAAGAAGAACACAAUCCUCUCCAUUACACGGAACUGGAUCCAUAACAGGUUGCCAAUGGGUUCCUUGUUGAUCUAUUCUUUUGUGUGAAUAGAAAAAGAUAGCAUAGGGAUUCUUUAUUACUCUUUUGAAUUCAAAUAUUUUGUUUGAGAAGUAUCAAUUUAAAUCAUGUACACUUUUUGUUAGAAUCUUUCAUCUUGUACAUUACUAUAAGAUGAAAUUUGUAGAAACCUUUGGGUUUUUGAACCCCAUCAA